AAUUGAUUACUACGCUAGCCCAUCGACUCCAUGGCCGACGCCCUCCCCCUCUCUGGCCGGAUCGCCAUCGUCACCGGCGCCGCCCGCGGCAUUGGUCGCAGUGUCGCCAUCCACCUUGCCUCCCUCGGCGCCUCCCUCGGCGCCUCCCUCAUUCUCGGCGACAGCUCCGAUUCCCCCUCUGCAGAACAACUUGCCGCCGAGCUCAAUGCCUCCCCUGUUAACCCACCUCGCGUCGUCGCCCUCCGCGUGGACGUGUCCGACGCCGGUGACGUAAAAUCCCACUUCAAUGCCGCAGAAUCCGCCUUCGGCUGCCGCGCCCAUAUCGUCGUCUCCUGCGCCGGGAUCUGCGACGAGAAGUACCUAUCCCUGGCUGAAACCUCCAACGAGGUCUGGGAACGUACCUUCGCCGUCAACGCCCGAAGGGACUUCCUUUGCUGCCGGGAGGCGGCGAAUCGGCUGGUCCGCGGCGGAGAGGGGCGGAUCGUGUGCUUCUCGUCCUCGGAGGUGGGUGGGCUCCCGCCUGGGUACGGGGCGUGCGUGGCGUCGAAGGCGGCGGUGGAGGUGAUGGUGAGGGAGCUGGCGAAGGAGCUGAAGGGGACGGGGAUCACGGCCAACUGCGUGGCGCCCGGGUCAGUGAAAACGCCGAUGUGCUACGAGGGGAAGAGCGACGAGGUGGUGCAGAGCACAUUGGAGGAGGGUCCGAUGGGGCGACUGGGGGAGGUGGAGGACAUCGCACCGGUGGUGGGGUUCCUGUGCACCGACGGCGGCGGGUGGGUGAACUGGCAGGUCGUCCGAGUCAACGGAGGCUACAUGAUUUGAUCCCUCUCAGACUCUCAGUAUUCAGUUAUCAAGUUUCCCGCUCGCCAUCUUCAGCUCCCUGUGUGCCAUUUUCCGUCUUGCUUCUCUGUUAUGUGUAUUGUGUAGCGUCCCCGGCCAUGAAUGCUGGUUUCUCUUGCUGCUCCGUUGUGACUGUCGUUAGGGCAGGUCUUUAGAUCUAGUGUGUCAUUUCCCUUUAGCCAUGUAGUUUGCUCUGUCGUGACUGUCAAUUUCAUUUCUCAGUUGAUUGAAUCUUUGGGGAAUCAAUUGUUU